AUGGCGUACGUACCAGGUCUCACCCUCCCGGCCGCCGUCUUCUCGAAUGCCCCGGCAGCGAUCCUCCUUCCCUUGGGGUUGGGCCUCGGAGCAGGCCUGGUAUCCCAACCAGGAAAGGCCACACCCAAGAAGUUGUCGGACCCAGCGGCAAAGGAGCUGGGAAAGUUCCGAAGUGCAGAAGAACAUUACAUGGCCCUCAAGCAGCCUCCCUUCAGGCCACCGCCUUGGGUCUUUGCGCCGGCAUGGAGUACUUUGUAUUUGACCAUGGGUUAUGCUGCCCACCGAGCCUGGACAAUCGGCAUGGCUAGCAUGAGCCCGCAAGUCGUGGAACAUACGAGAAGAGGCGCCACCUUAUACACCCUGCAGUUGGGCCUGAAUAUCAUUUGGAUGCCUCUGUUCUUUGGCCUAGGGAGACCCAUCGAAGCCAUGCUCGACAUCACAACCCUGACGGGCACCGUGGGCUACCUGACAUAUGUGUGGUAUCAGGUGGACAAGACAGCUGCCUAUCUGAUGGUCCCAUAUCUCGCCUGGCUAGGGUUUGCGACCUACUUGACGGCUGGAACUGGCCAUCUGAACGGUUGGACUUUGAAGACUCCGGCAAAAACUCAGGCAGAAAUCGAGGGGAAAGACUCAUGA